AUGAGGCUAUUUCUUUGCCUGCUUUCCCUUUGCUGGGGACUUUCAUAUUGUUUAUUCCCCCGAAAUGAGAAGCUGGAUGCUGAAUGGAAAGCAUGGAAGACCACAUAUGGCAGGAACUAUUCUGAGAAAGAGGACUCUUACAGGAGGCGAGUGUGGGAGAAGAACCUGAAAUUAAUCAAUGAACACAAUCGGUUGUAUAAAGAAGGAAAGAAGAGCUAUUUCAUGGGAAUGAAUCAAUUUGGAGACAUGACUGAUAAAGAAUUUGAGAAUAGGCUGAAUCUCCAUGUGACACCAGUAAAGACAAGGAGAAUUUACAGAUCCAAGAGAGCUUUUCAUUACCUUCCUAAAUCCGUGGACUGGAGAAAACAUGGCUUUGUGACUCCCGUUAGAAACCAGGGAGAAUGUGGUUCCUGCUGGGCAUUUAGUGCCAUUGGAUCUCUGGAAGGUCAGCUCUUUCGGAAAGAAGGCAUACUUGUGGAACUGAGUAAACAGAUGCUGAUUGACUGUAAUGGAUACUAUGAUUGUACAGGAGGAAGUAUCACUGGGGCUUUCGAUUUCAUCCAGUAUCAUGGAGUUGUCUCUGAACGCUGCUAUCCUUAUAUGGAAGGGCAAAAUUGGUGGUGCUACAGGCGUCAGUGUCCAGUUAUUCGAAUCCGAGACUAUGUGACGCUCCCCUUUGGAGAUGAACAAGCUCUGAUGGAAGCUGUGGCAACUGUGGGACCAGUGGCUGUGGGGAUCCACACCCCACCAUCCUUCCGCUACUAUCAAGGAGGACCUUACAUUGAACCAAAAUGCAGACUGAAUUAUAUGAGUCAGACUAACCAUGCUAUACUGGUGGUUGGAUAUGGACCUCUAGAUGAAAGCAAAUAUGAAGAACUUGGAUUGCCAUCGUACAUGCAUGAAGAUAACGAAUUCUGGAUUGCUAAAAAUAGCUGGGGUGAGUACUGGGGUGAUGAAGGCUACAUCUAUAUUCCAAAGGACAACUCCAACCAGUGUGGCAUUGCUAACGACGCCAGCUAUCCUAUUCUGUAA